AUGGCAACUAGGAAAAAUCUGACCACAACUAAUCACCUCCGUCAUUUGGAGUCAAUGGCGACUCACCCGUCGGGUGCCGGCAAGAUACGAAAGCUAAAUGUCGUGAUACUCGGUGAGUCUCUUGCAUCCGAGGAGGACGAUCUCGUAUUUCCCGGUCACGAUUUCUCCCAACAGGCAUACGUACCCUCUCCUCAAAAGUACUUGGAGUUGGAGAUAUACAACAGAUCAAUUGAAGAUCCUGGUGGCUUUUGGUAUGAUAUGGCGCAUCAGAAUUCUAUUGGAAAGAGAAAUGGGGUCAAUAGGUUUACUCAGAGAAUCUUGAUGUUACAAAUGGGAACAUCAAAAUUGAGAUGUUUAGGGCUAAUUGCAAACAUGGCCCUUCUCAGGCAGAUGUUUGGGGAAUUGAAGAAAACCCUAGUUAUGGCCCUUCUCAGGAAGAUGUUUGGGGCUAGUACCGAGAAGGUGAAAGUGGAGAAAAAAACCUGGAAAGUUGAUAACUGUUGGUUUGGAACUGACGACUCUUUCAAGCACCCACCAGUGGAGCUGAACCUAAGUGAUGCUGGGUUCCAGGAUCGGUACAUUGUUCAAGAAAUCAUUACAGAAAUGGCAAAGAACGGACCAAUUAACGUUAAAGGAAAGAAGGGUUUCAAAGAGAAACUUAAACAAGCUAGUGAAACAGAUCAUCGUGCUGAAGUUAGUACUAGCAAAAAGAUUAUAGAUGCUAAACUUGCAAAAGAUUUUCAAGCAGUUCUAAAAGAAUUUCAUAAAGCUCGAUGCCUUUCAGCUGAAAGAGAGACAAUUUACACUCCUUUUGUUCCUCAAACUGUUCUUCCUUCAAGACAGGAGGUUUUGUUAUUGGACAAUGAGAUUGCGUUUAAUGAGGCGAUUAUUGAGGAAAGAGAAAUACAGAAUCAAAUUGGGGAAGUAAAUGAGAUUUUUAAAGAUCUUGUUGUUUUGGUUCAUGAACAAGGAGCCAUGAUUGAUGAUAUCGGGUCAAACAUUGAGAAUUCUCAUGCUGCAACUGCACAAGCAAGAAUCCAGCUUUCAGAAAGUAUAUUUAUUGGUAGUAAUGGACCAAUUUGCGAUGGAUAUUCCGUUGCUAAAGUCGUCGCAAGGAAAAACAAGUCUGUCGCUAAAUCUCUAGCUAAGUCAUUAGCCACGUUAUAUUUGGCUAUGCAUGAAUGGUGUGGAAUUCCAAUUAGACAGAUUUCAUCAAUUUCUGAUUUUUUAAAAUUUGCGGCUGCUUGGGUCUCUGCACUUGGAAAAAGAUCGAUUCUCAAGGUGAUUUCCUUUUCUCCACUUUGGUACACUUGGUUAGCAAGAAAUGAUAAAGUAUUCAAGAAACGAGGGCUGACAAUUCGUAAUACUACCCGGGCUGACAAUUCGUAA